AUUUUCUGCUGUAGUUCACAUCACAACCAGUUUCGGCUGAAAAAUAAUAUUAAAAAUAGCAAAAAUAUUUCCCCAAGGAAAUUCUACGGUAUUGGUAUUCAGGAUGUCGGACUAUUCAAAGUUUCUGUCCAACUUGACGGAUCAGCUGGGCCUGCUGCCGGGACUUUCUUCAAAAGGAUUCGAAGGACUGGGAAACCUGGGCAACUUGGGCAACCUGGGCAACUUGGGCAACAAUCUGGGCAACCUGCGCCCCGCCCACAAGGCUCUGAUGUGCGUGGGCGCGGCCACCGUGGCCUGCGUUGUCCUCGGUCUCACUGUCAAGUCCUUGAGGGGGCGUGGCCGCAAGGAUGACAAACGGAGGAUCAUCAAGGUGCUAAGCGGAGCACCGAUCAAGCGUGACCUUGAGGGGUCUGUCAAGGACGACGGGGCCGCUGGGGAGGGGAACGUCUUAGUGGUAGACAGUGCUCAUUAAGAAUUGGAGGAUCAAGCCCGAAGGAGCCCCCAUAUGAGCCACACGUCCCACGGAAAUUAAUCCCCCUUCACCACCACAUCACCACAUAAAUGCUAUAAACCUGUUUUGUGCGUUGCUACGUUCUCUGUAUAUUUUGUAAUUUUAUACCGUUUUCAAAAGCGGUUAUACAAAUAACAUGUUCAAAAUUUUAUAAAUGCCCAUUCACAUACCAUCAUUUUCGAAACAUAACAGCCCACAAAUUUCAUCUUUGUAAUAAACUAUUCAGUUUAACCACCUUAAA